GGAGCCAAGUAGACCUUUUAUUCUAUACAUUUGUUUAUUUAUAUUUUCUUUAAAAACUAACAAUUUUUUUAACUCGUCUACAAACGAAAAUGAGACUCUUUUUUUAUGGGGCCGAGGGGGUACUAUACUCAAAACAAAUCUUCCCAACGCCGGACCCGCAAGGCUGCAACUGCGGCAUGCAGAUCCGCAGAGCACACACGGGCACCGGGCGCACCAGUGCACCACCGCAUACGGCCGUGCGCUUCCUUUCCUUCCCCCGCCGCCGCAGAUCUUCCCCGCAGUCCCGGUUCCCGUUCACCACCUCCGAACCAGAGGAGGAAUGGCCAUCUACUCCUUCCUUUCUGUUCGCAAGCGCCCAGUUGUUGUCGUCGCCGCCGUCACCCUCUUCAUUGUCGUAUCCUCUCUCUUCCUCCUCUUCAGCCCCGCACCGACAGCGCUCCCGUUUUUCUCCUCCUCCUCUUCCCACCUCUCCUCUCAAGCUUCAAUUGCUGCCGUCUCCUCUAACGCAUUUCCACCUGAGACCCCAACCUCUGUUGUCUCCAACUGGGUCAGCAGCAACACUUCUGCUGAUCGCGUCUCUGCUGACGCAUCUCCGCCCGUAGUCGGAACCGCCAUCGCGUCUGAUGCGGUCAGCAACAGCACGGCUGACCCGCCUAGGCCAGAUACCACCGCCGCUGCUGGCGACGCGAAGGCUGAUGUGUCCCAACCAGAUCACGGCAUGCCCCCUGCCGCCACUGAAGCGAGUGGAUCGGCAGGCAACGGUGAGACAGCCGCGGGAGUCUCGAGCGAGAGGGAUGAGGAGGGGCAAGGCGGCGGCGGCGCCGUGGAGGAGCUACCAUCGUGGGAGCUGUGCAAGGUGGGGAAGGGGGUGGCGGCCGCGGACUACAUCCCCUGCCUCGACAACGUGAAGGCGGUCAAGGCACUCAAGUCGCUGCGGCACAUGGAGCACCGGGAGAGGCACUGCCCGACAGAUCCGAGGCCGAGGUGCCUCGUGCCGCUGCCCGAGAGGUACCGGCGUCCGGUGCCGUGGCCACGCAGCCGUGACAUGGUGAGGACGCCUGCUUUGCUUGCUUCGUCGAGAAAGAUUUUUUCACUGAUUUGGUAUAAUAAUGUUCCUCAUCCAAAGUUAGUGGAAUACAAGAAGGACCAGAACUGGGUCAGGAAGUCUGGUAACUAUUUUGUUUUCCCUGGAGGUGGGACUCAAUUCAAAAAUGGCGUGGCUUCAUACAUUAAAUUCAUUGAACAGAUUUUACCAAACAUUCAAUGGGGAAUCCAUACAAGAACUGUCCUUGAUGUUGGAUGUGGUGUGGCCAGCUUUGGUGGAUAUUUGCUUGAUAGGAAUGUCAUUACCAUGUCUGUUGCACCCAAAGAUGAGCAUGAAGCUCAGAUACAGUUUGCACUGGAGCGUGGGAUUCCAGCAUUUUUGGCAGUGAUUGGAACACAAAAGCUUCCUUUCCCUGAUAAUUCAUUUGAUGUCAUCCACUGUGCAAGGUGUAGGGUCCACUGGUAUGCUGAUGGUGGAAAACCAUUGUUGGAGCUCAAUAGAGUACUCAGGCCUGGAGGGUAUUACAUUUGGUCUGCAACACCUGUCUAUCGCAAAAACCCAAGAGAUAUAGAUGAUUGGAAUGCGGUGGUAGCUCUGACCAAAUCGAUCUGCUGGAGGACAGUGGUAAGGUCUCGAGAUAUCAAUAAGAUCGGAGUUGUUAUAUACCAAAAGCCGACAUCAAAUUCAUGCUCCCUUGAGAGAAAAAAUAAUGAACCACCUCUGUGCUCUGAGAGUGAUGGAUCACGUUUCCCUUGGUAUAAACCUCUCGAUAGUUGCCUCUUUCCUGCAGUUCCGAGUUCAGGUGAAGGGAAUAGUUGGGCCGUCUCGUGGCCUGAAAGACUUAAUAUUAAGCACUCGGCUACAUCUAACAAUUCUUCCAUUCAGUUUCCUCAAGAAAAAAUUGAUUCUGAUACAAGUUAUUGGAAGGACCUUGUUUCAGAAAUAUAUCUCAACGAAUUUGCAGUUAAUUGGUCUAGUGUUCGCAAUGUUAUGGACAUGAAUGCGGGUUUUGGAGGAUUUGCAGCAUCAAUUAUCAAUCGACCGUUGUGGGUUAUGAAUGUUGUACCUGUUGAUCAGCCAGAUACAUUGCACAUCAUUUUCAACAGAGGUCUGAUUGGGGUAUAUCAUGACUGGUGUGAAUCUUUUAACACAUACCCACGAACUUAUGAUCUUAUUCACAUGAGUUAUCUCUUAGGGCCCCUUACGAAAAGGUGCCACAUCAUUGAAGUUGCAGCUGAAAUUGACAGAAUACUUAGACCUGGUAGAUGGUUUGUGCUGCAAGACACUAUAGACAUGAUAAGAAAGAUGGACCCUGUUCUCAGGUCUUUGCAUUACAAGACUACAAUUGUCAAACAUCAAUUUCUUCUUGCCACCAAGGGUUUCUGGCGCCCUGGCAGUAUAGGUUCUUAGUCAUGAUGAUUCCGGCUUCCACCCAAAAUGGUAUUGGCUCCAUGGACUCAUUGUGUUGAUUCUUCUUAUUCUUUUUACGUCGAUUCUUCUCAUAGCAUAGAUUAGAUGCUUCAUUGAAGCCCCAUAUCAAGUUGAGUUUCAUGUUCCAAUUUUCCCGCUUUGUUUUACUAUUUUAAAAAUGUUUUGGCCUUGGUCAUGCAAAUUUCUGUUUGUUAUUGCAAACAGGUUAAAUCAAUAGGUUAGUGCUAAAAAUUCUGUUAGGCGAAUUCUAUUUUUUUUCAAUAUAUAUUUAGCUAUAAACUUCUACUGUAUGACAUCAAUAUUGUCCAUUUAGCCAUGAUUCUUGCCUUCUUGCAAAAGAACAAGUAUAACCUUUGAAUUAUUUCUUUACUACUCAAUUUUAUGCUUCCUCCAUCACAUAAUAUAAGGGAUUCUGAGUUUGUUCAAAGUUGAACUAUUCUAAGUUAGACCUUGUCUGUACUAUCCGUUAUAAGUUGCUUUUACUUUUUUGGUAUGUGCAUUUUGCUAUGUAUCUAGACAUACUUUAUCUCUAGGUAUAUAUAGCAAAAAUGUAUGUAUCAAGGAAGUUAAAUAAUUUAUAAUUUAGAACGGAUGGAACGGAAAAGAAUAAUAUUUUUAUAGCAUCAAAUGAGCACAAUUAGAUCUAGACCUAUUAUGAAAUAUUAUUUCAUAAACCGCUUCUUUCAUGUGGUAGAUGUUAAUAUUUCUCUCUAUAUGUUUUCGUCAAACUUAGGAUAGUGGACUUAGUACAAAUUCGGUUCCUUAUAUUAUUGGAUGGAGGUAGUAGAAUGUACUAACAAUGGGUCUAAACUCUAGAAUGGUAUGGAAAUAAAGUUACUUUGGUACUGAAACUUCUUUAGUGAAAUUUGUCGAGGAAAUUUCGACAGUGAAUUUGUACGAGGUGGAUCGCAAGAUCGAGAACCGACGACGGUAAACGCACAAACGACACGAGUUUAGACAAGUCCGAGGUCUCAAUGCGAGAUAAUACCCUACAUCUAGUAUAUUGGUGCUUGUAUAUCGAUGGCUAUUGCUUAUGAUCUGCCCUAGAUGGGAGCUACUGUCUCCCUUUUAUAGUACACUGAUAUGUGAGGCACGUGACAGGUUGGCAAUGUGAAUAGGCUGGAGGAAUGUGUGUAGCUAUAUUGGUGCCAACCGGUGAGGAGAGGGCAUCAAUUACCAUUUUACCAGAACUCACUUGUUUCCCAAGCUCAUCUAUCUCUUCCCCACUGAUAUAUGAUGUUCUUCCUCGAAUGUAUUCCGGUUAUGAACAUUGUGGAGAUUUCUGAACUCUGAUUACAGCUA